AUGUCAAAGAAAUAUGAUUUUCCUAAGAAAGGGGUGAAGGGUGGAUUGGAAGAUAAUAUAUUUUUGACAUGGGAACUUCUAGAGUCCUGGAUUACUCAAAAUGAUUGGAUGGCAAUCCUUUUUAUAAUUUUCCUGGUAAUUAUUUUUGAGGUAAUUCUCAUAAAACUUUUCACAGCCUUUCAGAAGAGUCCUGCAGCUUCAGAAAACCACAGGUCAGAUGCCCAGGAGAAUGAAGACAGUUACCCGAAAAGCACAAAACUUGUCCUAGAGAAUUGGCCAGCUAUUUGUUCCUCUUCAGAAGAAAGAGUUGACACCUUUUCAGGAGAAAGAACUACUUCAUCACUUACAUCUGAAGAAAAUGAAAGUCGUUUUAAAGACAGAAUUUUAUCAUCAUCUGAAUGUACAGCUACCAGCAUAGGUGAAUAUCGAGUAAGUCACUUUAGUGAAAGUCAUCUUCCAUCUUCAAAUGGGAUUAGUUCAUCUUUCUCAUUGUUUCAUUCAAAAGUAAAGGAAAUGUUUCCAAGCCAUAGAGAACCUCCAGAAAAUGAACAUGAAACAAUACAAUUUUCCUCCAAGCAUUUAAUUUCAAUAAUGAAAACCAACAAAAAUAAAAAUACAGUGGUUUCUUCUGAUUUUAACUUUUCAAUAACUAGAUUCACUGUUGACAAUGAAGAUCUAGAUGUGGCACCUUGCCCUUCUGUCCAUUUGUUUCUUUCUAGAGACCAAGUUAGACAUCUGGAAGAAAAUGUGAGAGAUCAAAUUUCUUCAAAAUACAAAGCUGUGUUAGAGAGUGAAACUAUUUAUCUGUGCUCAAGACCUCAAGAAUCUUUGACUCAGAAACAACAUUCUGUUGGAAUGGUUAGUUCUGAGCAAGCACAAGAUUAUUUUCCAGGACAAAGUGAUAUUCAGAAUGAAGGUUUUUAUGAAGCCCAAUUUACUAGUCAAGCCCAACAAUUAAUUCACAGUCAAGAAUCAAUCAGCCAGCCUGAUAUCAAGGCCAGCACCUUUGCUCAGCCUCAAGAUAUGAUGAGGAAACUAUUUUCCAGCAGCACACACGACUCCUUCCAGAUACAAGAUUUUGACAAGAGCCAAAAUUUUGGUAAAAUCCCAUGUAUUGUUGAGACACAAGAGUCAAUCAAAGGCCUAGAGUCUGAUGAACACUUAGAUGAGGCCAAAUAUUUAGCUUAUUUUGAAGAUUCAGACAAGAUUGAGUAUUCAACAAAGGGGCAAAAUACUGUCUUUAAGAAUGCUGAGUUUCUUGACAUAACUGUAAAUCCAAAUUCAAUUGCUAAAGAUAUGUCACAAUUAGAGAGUAUAAAGCCACAAGGUCAGCAACAAAUUGCUUCAUCAGAAUUAAGUCAGAAUUCUGUAUAUAGCUCAGUGCCUCUUUCACCUACCAUUAAAGGGCAGAAAAACAGAAGAAAAAUACCAGACAUUAAAAGCAAACUCAGUCUUAAUGUUAGAUAUCUAAAAGUGAAGAAAACACCAACUUCACACGUGUUUCAAAUCAUAGUGUAUCACACUUUAAAAAAUAAGGACGAGUUAGGAUGCAAGUAUAACAUUGAGAAAAAAGAACUAUGUGAAAAGAAAGAUAUAUCAGAUAUAGCUUUGCAUCUUAUUUCUGUUUCCAAGCGUAUUCCUCCUUACAUUAAAAAGUAUUCCAGAAAAAAACUAGUAAAAGUUGUACCAGGUUUAAUGAAAUAUGGACAUUAUCUGCAGAAGCAAAAUAAGUUGCCAGAUGCAGAGAAAAUUAAUAAUUCAGCUUCUAUUGAGGAGAGAGGAAUUUCAGGGGUUAUUAAAAAUGUAAAGCAAUGUGGAAGAGAAAAUAAAGGACUAAAAAAAAUUUCACCAGAAAUGUUACCUCAGCUAGAACAGUCUUCUGUGGCCAACACUGUUCAGGUAAAAGUACCCUGUUCGUUAAUAGAAACAAUCAGGAAGAGUAAAGAGUCUCUUAAAGACCCAAGCACACAAGCAAAGGAAAUUGGUGUUGCAGAAUUUCAAGACACAAAUAGUAAAGAAACAUUUGACCUACAUGUUCCAAAGCAUGAAACACCUUUAGAAGCAGCUGUAUCUGAACCUAUGCAGAAAGUUGUUUCCUCUUCCACAAUGGAACUGAACAGAAGAAUGAAAAUACAGGAGGACCUACCAAGUACAGAGAACUCCCAACUUCAGCUUUCAAAUGGAGAGGAGUUACUUACUAGUACACCAGAAAAGCAAAGAUGCUUUCCAAAGGAAAAUACACAGAAACCAAAAGAAUCUAUGGAAAUUAUUCUGAAGUUGUCAAAUGUCCAUAUGCUCAUUUCCCUAGGAAACAAAAAACAUAAAAGCAGUGAAGAACUAGAAAGCAUGACAAUUCAAGUACACACAGAAAGUAUAAAUCAGAAGGAGAAGGGACCAUUAAUACUUAAUAUUCCGGAACACAGUGACCUAAGUGAAAGUGAGGAACUGGAAUGCAACACUAGACUUAACGUAAAAAAGGUACAUCAAGAUCAAAAAAUAUCUGAUGCAUUUCACAAUGCCACUUACACAACCAUUUCUGAACCACCUGAUAGGGAAAUGCAUAGCAGAUUAAAAUCCAAGACAGACACUUCAAGGGUAAUAAGGCUCAGUCAUUUGGCGUCAAAGCAAGAGAAAUUACCAGAUGACAAUAAAACACAGAAUGCAAACUGCAUUGAUAAAAGCUCUAUAUGUAAAAAGCCACAACAGUGUGACAGAGAGGAAGAGGAACAAGAAGAACAAGAAGUCAUUUUAGAGCUGACACAAGGUUUCAAGUUCAGCAUACAGCUAAAACAAAAACCCAAAUAUUUCAAAUUUGAAAUGGAACAGACCAGUUCAGGAAGUAGGAAAACUCCAAAUAAAGAGCAAGAGGUACACCCACAAACUCUUUCGACACCAACUAUUUUGGGGACUAGUCCAUGCCCUGUGAUGGAUCCAUUUCAAGUUGAGCAGAUGAAGCACAGCGCAGAUAGACCUGUAAGCAGAGAAAGUGCUACAGAUCCAAAUAAUUCACUUACAAUGCCAGAGAACUUGCCAGCUGGGAACAUUUUAAUUGAAACACCAGAGAGUGGUGUCCCAUUUGUUGAAAAUCCCAGAAAUACACUGGAUAGUCAUUUUGAAGAAGAAACGGAGGACUUAAAAAGAGAUUUACCAACAGUUGCCCUGGGAUCUUUCAAUAUCCAUAUGUUCACUGUACCAUAUUUUAAAAGGCAAAAAAUUAAAAAGAAACAAUCUGGAAGAAAAAGUGUACUCAGUGUCAAAAAUGUAAUUAUGAAAGUAAAGAAGCCAUCAGUCUUACUGACUCCUUAUAUCAGAGUACAUGGUACUCCAAGACAUGGAAGAAAGUUGAGAGGUAAUUUUGAAAUCAUAAUUAAACAGACGCUACAAGAUAAAGUUGUUGUGGAUGUGCUUCCAGAUGUUAUUCACUCUCACAUGUCUAUUUUGCCUAAUACUGGAAUGCGUAGCAAAUUAAAUGAAGAGAACCACAAUCAUACUAAGCGACUACAAGAGCAAUCCCAAGUUGAACGGGAAGAAAAGUGUUCAGAUUCCAUUAAUAAGGGAAAUGAAUCUCAAUACACACUCGAAACUCAAUUGCAAGAUGAAGUGGAAGGGAUCACAGAAGCCCUACUAACAGCAGUUCCUCCUGAUAUCUGGAACUUCAGACUGGAAGCAAAUCCAGCAAAGGAGAUUAAAACAGAGAAAGAAGUGCAUCAACCAGUCCCGUUCACAGAAACCAUUAUGGAGUCUAUUGACGCCCCUAUAAUGGAGCCAUCUCAUGCUGAGAAUGUGAAGAGAAGCCAGAUAGCACAAACAGACUUCAAAUGCACUGCAGAUUUGGAGAUGCCUCUAUCAAUGUCAGGAAAGUCACUGACUAGGGACCCUUUAAACCAAAUAAGAGAAUGUGAUGCUCCAAGUAAUGGAAGUGAUACAAGGAGAAUAGAUGCUUUUGCAGGAAAAAAGGCAGAAUUACCAAAAGAUGUACCAGCAACUUCUCCAGAGACAUUUGAUUGCUUCAUACCUGUUUUAUCUUGUUCUAAAAUAAAUAAAAAGAGAGUAACAUUUGCACCCAUUUCAAGUAUUUUAGAGCUUAAACAUAUAAAUAUGAAGGCAGUGAAGCCAUCACUCUCACAGAUAAUCAAUAUCACAAGCCAUAGAAAGGAAUUGAAGACAAAGAGCAUGAAGAUAAACCAAGCUAAGGGACCGGUACCUAAAUAUCUAAAUGCUUUUUACUCCCCCAUGUAUAGCAGAUUACAGAGAGAAUUCUGUCAUUCUCAGUUAAAGCAAGAAGAACCAGCACGUAAAAAGUACAUUGAUGUCUUUGCUAAGAGUAGUGCAUUCUGUGACACAGAGGAAAAAUUGCAAGUUGGAGAGAAAGAGGAGCAAAAAGCUGUACUAGAAGCAGCUGCACAGCAGAGCCAACACCUAGAGUCUGAUGUUCAUCUAAUGAAGGAGAUUCACCUUGAUGAAUCAGACCCAGCACGGAACUGUUUAACACAGGAGCUUCCUAUUAUUGGGCAAAGUGUGCAGCACCAAGCAGGUUUUACACCAACAACCUUGGAGGCUAGCCUCAAAAUGGGUCCUCUAGAAACUGAAGAACUAAAGAACGCCAACAAAAUAGAGAAUUACAUAAAAGUCCCUGUGGGUGCUAAGAUUCUACCUCCCAAAUCUUUACAGGUUCCAGAGAAUAGCCAUGACUUCAUACUCAAUGCACGUCAGAAGGCUCAUGGCCUUGUCAAACCAGUUGAGAAACUGAACCAACCAGAAAGUACAAAUAUGCAGGUACAACCACAAACGAUUUUGGGGUCUACAUGCCCUAUAUGGGAUAAAUUUCAACUUGAAAAGCUAGAGAGUGGUGUUAGGUUUUCGUCUUUGAAGUCUGGGGAAGCAAAGAUUGAUGAAAUCAUAUUUUCGGUAACAGAAGGUAGUAUCUCAUCUGAUUCAAACCAUCAAAAGGAACAGGCUAGAAAUAGUGAAAAGAAAGAGACAGGGACUUUUAAUUUCUGCACGCCUACUUUAUCUAUACCUAUAUUUAGGAGAAAUUUGAAAAAAUUUUCGGACAUGAAAACAUUAGUGAAUCCCAAAUGUGAAAUUAAAAAGGCAAAGAAACCAGCAAUUUCAUACAUGCUCAAUAUCAAGGGUGAUGCCAGAUCAAAGCAUAGAAAAGAAUCAGUAUAUAACUUGAAAAACAAAAUGAAAGAAGUGCAUCAAGGUGAAAAAGUGGCAGAUAAAACAGACUCUUUCAUGACUAUUAUACCUGACACUAAUAUGUGUGGCAAGAUAGAAACAGAAAACGACAUGCUAAGAGAGAUAAGACUCAAGUCUAGUCAAGUAAAGCAAAAGACAUCACCACAUAAAGGUAGUAUUACAUUAGAUGACAUCCAAAAACCCGAUCUUCAAGAUGAAGAGGAAGAUACUUCCUGGGAUGGAAAUCGUAGAAGGAAAUGGGAUAGUUCUAUUUCUGAGAAAAAGGCAUGGAAACGAAAGGACUCACUAAGAACAGCCUUAAAACUUUCCAGUUUCUCCAGACUUGAGUCACCUAAAUCUGAAAGCUGGACUCACACAUUAGAGUCUGCAGGCAAGAAAAGUCCAAUGAGUCCCAAGCAUGUAACUUUGAAGGCAAAGCAACCACCGGUUUCACAGUUGUUUAACAUCACAAGGUAUCCUACAGAAGGCCAUAGAAAAAAGAAGCAAUGCCACUUUAACUACAAGAUGAAAGAGAAGCAGUGGUAUGCAAGUAUAGAAGAGACAUUACUCAGUGCCACUGAGAAUGCUGAGAGUCCAUCCCUCAAAUCAAUGAUUGAUAAACUCUCAUUCAGUACAAGAGCAAGGGACACUCUAUCUAAUAGACUACUUCAACAAAAUCUGCAUGGUCAUGUUACAGAGGAAAAGGCAGAGUUGAAAGAAAACUUAACUACAACUUUCUUGGGCCCUUCAGAUUCCUUCAUGCCAGUUUUAUCUGACUCUCCAAGUAAGAUAAACACAGCACAGUUAUCAGAAAGGAAAGUUAUUUUGGAUCCCAGAAGUUUCACUGUGAAGGAAAAAAAGUCACUAAUUUCACAGACACACAAAACCAAGAGACAGUUUACCACAAAACACAGGAAGAAACUUGAAUCCAAUUUAAAAACUCUAUUCAACAGAACACUUCAAAAAACUCUGAAUGGCCAUAGUACGGAGGAAAAGGCGGAGUUACAAGAAAACUUAACCAUAACUUUCUUGGGCCCUUUAGAUUUCUCUAUGCCUAGCUCUAAAAGCCAGAUAAACACAGGACAGUUAUCAGAAGGGGAAAUUAUAUUGAAUGCUGAAUGUUUAACUGUGCUGGAAAAGAAGUCACCGAUUUCACAGAUACGUCAAACCAAUAGACAAUUUGUCACAAAACAUAGGAAGAAACUUGAGUCCAAUUUAAAAACAAACCUAAAAGCAAUGUGGCAAGGUAAAAAUGUGGCUGAUGCAUUUCCAAAUACCAUUUGCUUCACUCCUGGUGCCUCUGACAUUACAAAGCAAAGCAGAUUCGAAGCAGAGGUAGACAGGAGAGUAUCAGGGCUGAGUCACACAGGACCAACACAAGUAGAGUCACCUGUUAAAGGGAUAGCAACAUAUUCUGAUUCCAUCGAUAUGAGAGAGGCUUCCAACUUUUUAAAGGAAGCCAAACAACGUGAUAGAGAAAAUGAAGAGAAGCAAGAACAUCCAGUAGAAACUGGUCCAUGCUAUAUGAAAAACUUAAUGAUAAAUGAACCUCAUCCUGGCAAAUCAGAAGGUGUGCAUUUAAGAGAGUCUUUUUUCCCAGAAAGUCGUAUUUACAAAGGAAAUUUAGAAAAAAAUGUAAAAACAGAAAAAAACAAAAAUGUAGACAUGAGUCUCAAAAUUGGACUUCCAAGGAUGGGGAAAUCAGAUAUUUGUACAGAACUGAAUGAGCCAACAGGUGAUGCUAUAUCUAAUGAAUAUGAUCAAAAGAAAAUUGACCAUUUCGUUUUAAAAGAAAAAGUUUCAUACAAUUUGGCAGGAAUUGUCCUAGAAUCUGUUGGUAGGCAUUUGUCUGCUUCAGAAGAAAUUAAAAGACAGAAUGAUAGCCUAAAAAUAGCUGACAGGUCAUGUCCCAAAGGUAUAAUUUUGAAAGCAAAGCAAUCAGCAGUUUCACAAUCCCUUAACAUGGUAGAUGAUACUGAACAGAAACAGAACUUUAAAGCCCAGAAGAUACAAAUGGAGAGAGAUAAAGCUAAAACCAAAGUGGAUUUAAUAGACCAAGAAUCAAAUGCUAUAGAAGAGUUUAGUUCAGGGCCUGCUUUUUUCUCUAAGCUACAUCUACUUCAAGCUAAAAAGAAGAAGAAAGAAUGUAAAACUGCAAACGGAAAAACAAGAGCAAAUUCCAAGACUCUUGCCCUCCAAAAGAAACAAGAGCCAUGUGUUUUGGGAACUACCUGGAGUUCUCCUUGUGCCUACACACCUAUUUAUCCUAAAACCGUAAGACAUAAAGAUAAGGCAAAAACAGCAGAUGUGGAAAGCACUCUGUAUACCCCACAGGUAACACUGAAGGUGAAGAAAACACCGGUUUCCCAGCUGCUUGGACGUGGUACUGGAAGCCAUAAAAAACUGGGAGGUAGCACUCAGCAGGAGAAGGCAUUCCACCUGAGUCAAAGUGCAGUCAAUCUAGUUCUGAAGGCUGUUUUUGAUUCUAAAUGCCUUCCAUCUGGCAUUAACAAACAUACAGAAAUAAGAAUGGAGAAAAGCAAGCCAAGAGAGGGAGUUUGCAUCCUUUCACAUCUAAAGCUGGGGACACCACGGAGUGAAGCAAAAAUGCCACUGUCAGAAAGUAUUAAUAUGUCCAGCAUCAUUAGAACACUGGAACAAGGUACUAGAGAAGAACAAAGAUACCAAGACAAUUUAGUCGACAUACCCCAACAGUAUGUUAAACCAUUAAGGAUUAAGGUACAACGAUUGAAGGAGUAUUAUCAUAUCAAAUUAGAAGUAGAUUUGCAAAGAAAGCUGUGCUCUGAACUAACUUUUCAGAAAGGAAUUGUUCCCAUGACAAACCUAGGUUCUGUUGCCCACCCCAUGAUGAAACCUCUUCAUCUGGAAAACACAGGAGAAGUGGCUAAGGAGGGAGAUGUGUACAUUAACAAAAAAAAUAUUUCACAUGCAUUGGGAAGUGAGGAAUUAAAAGAAGCUGAUAUCUUAGUAGGUCCUAAAGGGCAGAAAUUUCUUUGUACAAAUCUAAAGGUCCAGCACAAAAUGUCUGCAGUGCAGAAAGGACAGGUGAAUCCAAAUUACAAUCCUGAAAGUAUUCUAGAUUCUGCAUCUUUCCCCCACAGGGGCUCUUUUCAUUUAAAACAGGCAGUGAAUACAAAAAAAGAUCAUGUUAGUGUCUCUGAAAGUUCCAAUGAAAAUCCACAAGGAAAAGGGCAAUCCAAAUUAACUCACGUUCCAUUAAAAUCAAAUAGACAGAAAAUGGACUUUUCAGAAAGAUUGUGGAUGAAGCAACUAAAUAUUUGUAACCAGAAUAAAGAAAAUAUUCUAGAAUCUGUUUCCUCUUGUGUAUUGUAUCAACUUCUUAUUGAAAAUCCAAAGGAAGAAGUCUCAGCAAAAGAAAUGAUGAGUUCAGAUGUUUCAUGCUCAGUGGUAAAGAAAGCAUCAGAUGAAGUAAGUAUUCCAGUAGAUAAGCUUCCAGGUUCAGAAGAAAUUAAUUUGCAUAUUAAAGGAAGAAAAGAACAUCAACAAGAAAGCACAUGCAAGGCUUUUCAAACAUCUGUUUCUCACUCUUGGAUGGACAAACGUCCAAUAAAGUCACCAUGGAUAAAGAAACCAUUACAGGCAGUAGAUAAUCCAGAGCACCACACUGUAAAUACAGAAGGAAUUGACUUGUUUGUUACAGGAAAGGGAGAACAGCAAGAAACAUGUACACAUAAGGCUUUUCUAAAUUCUGCAUCCCACUUCAAACCAGAUCUACUUCAAAUUAAUACCCCGAUGCAACAAGUAAAAUUAGAUGCUACAAAUAUUGUGUAUUAUAAUGAUUCAGCUUUGCCUACUAGAGAAGCAGUAAAACAAAUGGAUGUCAUAGUUGGAUAUACUAAAAAAACGAAAAAAAGACAAACCAUAUCCAAAACAGGACAAAAACAGCAGUACCUGUCCAUUUCCUAUGAGAACUGUUGGGAGUGUAUAUCUUACCCUCAAAAGUAUCCCCAUCCCCUGUCACAUUUAAUGCCACAGAAAAAAGAAGCAUCAGGCGUAGGUAAUGUGUUAAGCACAACAAAUGGGCAAGACUUGCUUUCUAACGAUCAACUAAACACCGUAUGUGAAGAUGGGCUGGAAUGGACUGUGCCCUCCAUUACUCUGAGGCAAAUGAAAAACCAAACUACAAUGCUGCCUUCAGGAACACAUCAUAAAACUAAAAAGUAUCUGAAUCUUUUAUUUCCAAAAGGAAAUAAAUCAUCAGAUAGGGCACAGAUAAUUGAUUUUAUAUCCAAUAGCUCACACAAGCUAAGAGUUAGAAAGAGGGUAGAAUCACAUAAGGCAAAUCAAAACGUGCAAAAGGAAAAAUGUCUCUCUGGAGUAUUUUUACAUUCUGUAUCUAUGCCUAUUUUGCAUGAAAGUAAAAGACAAAAGGAUAGAAUAAAACAAGGCAUUGUGAAAGGCAUAAUAUACCACAAAAGAACAACUCUGAAGUUGACGAAAUCAGUAUUUUCGCCUAUACUUAAUCCCGCUGUCUAUGGUGCUCCAAGCGACAGACUAGAAAGACAGUGGGACAUAACAGAAGAAAUUAUAAAUAUGAGACACAGAAUGGGUGAACAAGAUAUGGUUGAAGCAAAAAUAUAUGAAUCAGGUCCUUUUCUUUAUCUUGAAUUGAAUGAAGAGACUACUGAUGGGGUGAUCUCAAAUAAUGUAGAAAGGACACAACAAUAUAUAUCACAGAGAAAGAAGAGGGAUGAAGUAAAAACAGUGGAUUUGAAAAGAAUAAUGAGACUUAACACUACUUUGAAGACAAAGAAAUCAUCACUGAUGCAUAUACUCAGUAGAAAGAAGUAUAUGUUACUGUUGGAUAUUAUCAAACAAGAGAGCAAGAUGCAAGAACCUAAAGGUAAAUCAGGUGUGAAACUGACAAACUUGUGUAUUUCCUCACCAUCUCUAGCACACCCUGGUUCAAAUUUAAGAGUAAAUGCAGGAAAAGAUAAGCCAGGAAUACUUAGGAACUGCCUCUCAUCACUAAAGCUUCAAGCAUCACCAAAAAAAAGAGUAUCAUUUGCAGAGACAAUAAAGACAGUAAAAAAAGUAUCAUUUGCAGAGACAAUUGAUAGAGAUAAUUUAAGCAAUGUAAUAGAAUCAAAAUGUUUGCUAAAGAAAAAGAAGGAAGAUAGAGAAAGUAUUCUAGAUGUGAAAGAUAUAAUGGGUUUCAUAUGUACCAUUUUGAAAGGAAAGAAUUCACCUUUUAAACACUUACUGCAUGGAAAGGAACCACAGUGGAGCAAUAAAAAGCAAGAUAAAAUGACACAGAAAGAGAAGAGUAAUCUAGAUGUAGUUCAGAAUAAACCCCAUGCUUCUAUUAUUUCUUCACCUCACUUGAAAUGGGAUCCUAGAGUAAAAGAGGUAUACAUGAGAGGAGUAACAAGAUUCUGUCUUCCAUCAUCCACACUCCAGGAGUUAUCAGGUACAAUGGAAAAAUGUGAGGAACCAACUGACGAUAUUUUAAACAGUAUAAGAAAAGCAAAACAUAUGGCACUUAAGGAUAGAGUGGAAAUGGCUUUGGAAGAAAUGGUGCAUUCCAAAAGAAUAACUCUGGAGACAAAACAAUCUUCACUGUCACAAGAAUUACAAUUGCACAUCAAAGGAAAAGAGAAAAAUAUGCCAGGAGUUAAAGAAGUUGCAAUUCGGAGCAAACAUCUUCUUUCCAUCUCUUUUCCUCCUUACUCGAAUAUGGGCACAGUAAAAGAAGAGGAAACCAUGCCAAUAAAGGUGACAUUUUCUUUUUCACAACCAAAUAUCCAGAAGUCAUUAGUUAUAGACAAAACCGUAUGUAAAAGGUCUUUUUCUGCUAAUAUCUCAAGCAGUGUAAAAAAAGUCCUAGAACAUAUACUGCCAGAAAUAGAGGUGAAGGUAAAAAUGGAAAAAGUCAUACCCUUACAGAAAAAGAAAUCAUUAGUUUCACAGGAAGUUCAGUUGGACAUCAGAGACCAAGAGGGAGGAAUACAAAAAAUGAAAGGUGAACCAAGUGUGCUUCUGACCAAUACUAGCACUUCCAUACCUUCUUCUUCUCACUUAAAAUUGGAUAAGAGGAUAGAAAAAGGAGAUACAAGAUACUCUCUUCCAGAAUUAUCACACCACAAACCAUCAACUAUAGUGAAAAAAGCAAAUGGGGAGGCCAUUGAAGUUGAUAUCACAAGUGAUGUACAAAAAGCAAAAGAAAAUAUGCCACAGAAAGAAGAAGAUAAAGUAAAGAUAUCAGCCAGGAAAGACAUACUGCACCCAGAAGAUAGAGAUGUGAAAGGAAAGAAGAUGUUUUUACAGGAUCUACCACUGAACGUUAAAGAGCAGGGGAAAACAGAUCGAGACAUUAAAGAGCAAGGGGAAAUGGAUCAAGAAGUUAAAGAACAAGGGAAAAUAGAUCGAGAAGUUAAAGAGAAAGAGAAAAUCGAUGGAAAUGUUAAAGAGCAAGGGAAAACAGAUCAAGAAGUUAAAGAACAAGAGAAGAUGGAUGGAGAAGUUAAAGAACAAGAGAAAAUGGAUGGAGAUGUUGAAGAACAAGAGAAAAUGGGUGGAGAUGUUGAAGAACAAGAGAAAAUGGGUGGAGAAAUUAAAGAGCAAGGGAAAGCAGAUCAAGAAGUUAAAGAACAAGAGAAGAUGAAUGGAGAAGUUAAAGAACAAGAGAAAGCGGAUCAAGAAAUUAAAGAGCAAGGGAAGACAGAUCGAGAGGUUAAAGAACAAGAGAAAACAGAUGAAGACGUUGAAGAAAAAGAGAAAAUGGGUGGAGAUGUUGAAGAACAAGAGAAAAUGGGUGGAGACAUUAAAGAGCAAGGGAAAGCAGAGCAAGAAGUUAAAGAACAAGAGAAGAUGGAUGGAGAAGUUAAAGAACAAGAGAAAACGGAUCAAGAAAUUAAAGAGCAGGGGAAGACAGAUCGAGAGGUUAAAGAACAAGAGGAAAUGGAUGGAAACGUUAAAGAAGGAAAAAUAGAUGGAGGUGUUAAAGAGCAAGAGAGAAUGGAUCAAGAAGUUAAGGAAGGAAAAAUGGAUGAAGGCAUUAAAGAGCAAGGGAAAAUGGAUCAAGAAGUCAAAGAACAAGAGAAAAUUGAUGGAGACGUUAACGAAGGAAAAACGGAUGGAGAUGUUGAAGAGCAAGGAAAAACAGAUCAAGAAGUUAAGGAAGGAAAAAUGAACAGAGAUGUUAAAAAGCAAGGGAAAAUGGAUGAAAAAGUUAAGGAAGGAAAAGUUGAUGGGGAUGUUAAGGAGCAAGGGAAAACUAAUCGAGAAAUUGAACAAGAGAAAGUGGAUGGAGACGUUAAACAAGGAAAAGUGGAUGGAGACAUUAAAGAGCAAGGGGAAAUGGAUCUCAAAGUUAAAGAACAAGAGAAAAUGGAAGGAGAUGUUAAAGAACAAGGGAAAAUGGAUGGAGACGUUAAAGAAAGAAAAAUGGGGAGAGAUGUGAAAGAGCCAGGGAAAACAGAUCUAAAAGUUAAAGAACAAGAGAAAAUGAACAGAGAAGUUAAAGAACAAGGGAAAAUGAACGGAGAAGGUAAAGAACAAGGGAAAAUGAAUGGAGAAGGUAAAGAACAAGGGAAAAUGAAUGGAGGUGUUCAAGAACAAGAGAAAACAGAUGGAAUCAUUAAAGAACAUGAGAAAGUGGAUGGAGACAUUAAAGAGCAAGGGAAAAUGGAUCUCAAAGUUGAAGAAAAAGAGAAAAGGGACGAAGAGGUUAAAGAACAAGGGAAAACAGAUGGAGACAUUAAAGAGCAAAGAGAAGUAGAUGGAGACAUUAAAGAACAAGAGAAAAUGGGCGGAGACAUUAAAGAGCAAGGGAAAAUGGAUCAUAAAGUUAAAGAAGGAAAAAUGGAUGGAGUUAUGCAAGAGCAAGGGAAAAUUGAUGGAGAUGUUAAAGAGCACGGGAAAAUGCAUCAAGACAUUAAAGAGCAAGGAGAAAAGCUUAGAGAAGACCAAGACCAAAGGAAAAUAGAUGAAGACGUUAAAGAGCAAUGGAAAACAGAGGGAACAGGUGCAGUGCAAGGGAAACUGGGUGGAGAUGAGAGUGAACAGGAAGUAGUUCUGUCCCGACAGUCGCCUUUUGAAUCUUCUCUAGCUCAUUAUGAACUGAGCACAAGAGUAGAAGGAAAGGAAGACAUACAAGGAACAACAAGGUAUGCUGUUUCACAAGUAAGAAACCAGAAAUCAUCUGAUGCAGGAGAAAUAGCACAUACAAGGUCAGUUGGGAAUCUCUCAAAUGGUGUAAAAACAGUGUCAGAAUACAAGCCACAGAAAGGAGUAGAUAGAGGAAAAAUAGUAACCAUGAAAUAUGUAAUGCCACCUGAAGGCACGACUUCUAAGGCAAAGCAAUUACCACUUUCACGUGCUCCUAGUAUCACUGGUGGCAGUAGCUCAAAAAUUAGAGAAGAACAGGCAGACAUAAAAGAAAAAUUGGAACACAUACAGAAACGAAAAAGUGAACUAGAUGUGGUUCAAGCAACACCUUCUGUACCUCACGAUAAAUUAGACAAAGGUAUAGAAGGCAAGGAAGAGAAACACGGAGUAACAAGAUCCUUUCUUCCACCUUCACGGGACAUGGUAUCAUCAGAUAUGGGGAAAUUCAAAUAUACAUUGUCACCUUCAAAUGAUACCUUAAUCAAAUCAAAAAGAUCAGAAAAUAUAACACAGACCGAAGAGGAUAAAGCAAAGUGCAUAACUAUAAAGACACAGAAAUCACUCUUUUCCAAUAUACUCAAAAUAAGGAAUCUGCAAGUGAAGAUCAAAGAACAAGGGAAAAAGACAAGGGAAGGUGAGGUGGAAACAGUUGUGCUUCUGAGCCAAACAUAUCCCAUUGUCUGUUCUUCAACAUCUUUAAAUUUGGACACAAUAAAAGGAGAGGAAAGUGAAUCCGGAAUAAUAGGAAGCUAUGGGCCACACUUUGAGCUCCAAGAAUCACUGCCUGCAGACCAAAUAGCACCUACAGAGUCAACCGAUAGUCUCGUAAAGAAAGGAAAACGUCUCCCAAAGAAAGAAGACACAGUACGAGCAGUAGCCAAGGAUGACUUAAUGCACCCCAGUGGUGCAGUUUUCAAGGCAAAGACAUCAGAACCUUCACUUGUCUUCAGCGUCACUGAACACAGUCCUCUGAGCAAGAGAAAGGAGCCACAGUGGGGCAUGAAAAAGACAGUAGAAAAGAAGCAGGAAAGGACAGGAGGUCCUGACAUGCUCCUGAUGGAAACUCAUUCUUCCAUGCCAUCACCAUCUCACCGUAGAUUCCUAUCUACACAGCUAGAGCUUCCUAUAUUUUCAGAUGCAGAGAAAAGCAGUUGUGCAGGUUCAAAGGACAAUAUUAGCUCACAUAAUAUAACAUUAAAAGCAAAUCAACAUAUGCCACAUAAAGAGGUAAAUGAAGGAAUAAAAAUAGAAGACAGGAAAGGUAGAAUACUCCAUGAAAGAAUAAUUUUGAAAGCAGAGACAUCCCCACUUGCACAACUAUACAAGGGAAAGAAACACCCUUUGAAUAUUAAAGAGCAAGGGAAAGAAAAACAGGAAAGCAAAAGGGAACCCAGAAUGGUUUCAACUUCUGUUUCCUCAUCCCCAUUUCACCUGAAAUGCAGCUCUAGAAUGAAUAAAAAAGAAGGUGCACUAGGAAAAACACAAUUCUCUUUUCCAUCAGCAAAGAUUUGUGAUUCAUUAGAUUCAGGAAAAAAAGCAUAUGCUAAGUCAUUGGAUUGUUAUAUGUUAAGUGACAGAGCAGGGUCAAUACAAUCUAUAACACAGAAAGAAGAGAAAGAUAGAUUCAAAGUAGCCUUGAGAAACAAAAUGCUUCCCAAAUAUAUGGAUCCGAAGGCGAAGAAGUUACUAUCUUCACAUGUCCUUGGUACCAUAGGAAAGUGGAGAACUAAGGUACAAAGGAGAAAGAUUCAGGGAGAUAAAUAUGAACAGGUUAUGGGUCUGAUAAGCAAGAAUACUUCUUUACUUACUCCACCAUAUCUUAAGUUUGAUACAACACAAGGAGAGAAGAACAUGGUAAGAAUUCCAAAAUUGUCUCUCCCACAAUUAAAGUCCAAGGAAUCAUCAGAUGCAGGGAGAGUAGCAGUCCCGGAAACAACUGAUGGAGAACUUUCAGAUAAGGUAAGAGAAUUCAAAGCACACGUGCUACAGAAAGAAGAGAAGGGUAGAGAAAAAGUUGUGGAUAAGAAUAGUGUAGUGGAUCCCAAGAAAAUAUAUCGGAAGGCAAAGACAUCACCUGCUGUACAUACAUAUAAUUUGAGUGAACUUCAAUGGAAAACUGGAGGGUUAAAGGAAAAAGUAGAGGAAGUUAAAUGUGAGCCAGGUAUGAUGUUGACUAAGAGUUCUUCUGGAUCUUUCUCCCCACUUCACCUCAACGUGAAUACUGGGAUCAAGGAAGAAAGCAUACCAUGGUUGAUGAGACCCUCUCUUUCCCAAGUAAACCUCCAGGAAUCAUCAGAUUCUGAAGGAGGCAUAUAUAUAAAGCCAGUUGCUAAUAAUAUUUUAAUCAGCCUUCAAACAGGAAAACAACAUGUGCCACAGGGAAAGGAAGAGGUUGGAGUGCAAAUAGUGAACAUCACAAUAUCCCCUAAACAUCAAGAAAAGAAGGUGCAGGAAUCUAAAGAUGAGCUGGGUGUGGUUCUGACCAAAUCGCCUUCAUUCAUAUCUCAGCCUCAACUCAAAGUGGAUAAAGAAACACAUGAAGAUGUUGAAACCCUAAGACUUAUAAGGUCUGCUUUACAGAGAAUAUCACAUGCAGGGGAGACAGUACAGACAAAGUCAGUUGAUAGUGAUAUCUCAAAAGAUGUCCGAAAUGAAAAGCAACAUAUGCCUCAAAAAGAAGAAAGGACCAGAGAAAAAAUGGUAGAUAUGAGAGGUACGGAUGUAACUUUGAAGUCAAAGAAAUCACCUCGUUCCGGUAUACUCUAUAGAUCAGAGCUGCAUCUGAAUAUUAGAGGGCAAAAACAAAAGGAACCUGAAGGUCAAGGUAAACCACCAUGUAUGGUUCAAAGAAAAGUAUAUACUUCCAAAUUUUCACCCGACCCUCAACUAGAUAAAGGUAUGCAAGUAGAUGAAAAAACACCCUCUUCACCUCUGCUAAUGCUUUCAGCAUUAUCCAUUGCAGAGAAAACAUCAGAAACAGAGGCAGCGAGUGGUGAUGCAAGAAAGGGAAAACCACAUAUGUCACAGAAGGAAGAAAAACAUGAGGUGAAGAUGGUAGAGAUGCAGGUCAGGAUGCAUUGCAGAGCAGCAAGAAGUUCACCACUUUCGCAUUUCCUUAAUGCAAAGGAAUUUGUGUUGAAUAUUAACAAGGUGAAGGGAAAAAUACACAAAGAUAAAGGUGAAGCAUGUGUGGUUCUUACAAGGACUUUUCUUUCCAUACCAUCAGAGCCUCUCCUUUAUAUAGAUUCAGAGAAGAAAAUUGGCAAACACACACCAGGAACUGCAGGAUCUUCUUGUCUACAGCAAAAUCUUCAAGUAUCAUCUGAUAUCCAGGAAAUAGCAAACAGAGGCUCUGUUGAAGGUGAUGAUAAAAACACGGUUAAACAAGCAGAACACUACGUUUCCCACCAAGAGGCAGAGCAACAGUGGACCUCAAACUUGAUGAGCAGCAUCCCGCAAAGGAAUGAGCCUUCACGAGGCAAGACAGAAAGAGAUUUGAAUCUGUCAGUUUCAAAUUCACUGGAUGAAGACAUUUAUGUCACAGGAUUUGGUACCAUAAAACAUGUGAAAAGGCUGGAAUGGCUCUUUACAGAGAUUCAGCCAGAAAAAUACAAAACAGAAACUCUUACUACAUUUCUUUCCUACCCCACAACAGAUCCAACUAAAAUGGGAAGUCUGAAGAAAGAAACUGAAAUAAUGGAAAACUUAAACCAUGAAAUAAGUCCAAAAGUUUCAGUUUCACUGCCAAGGGAAACUUCCAAGAAAAUAAACACUACACUUGACACCCCUGUAAGUUCAAAAGAAUUUUCUUUUUCAGAGAGAGAUGCUCACCAACGAGAAACUUCAUCAAGAGUAUCUCCAGAAUCUGAAGGCUCAUAUAAAUUUGAUAAGCCAGAGGAAAAUGUACAAAGUGAUGAUCAAAUAAGCAAAAUGUUUUCUCCCAAAGCGUUAGUACCACAAACAAAGGGGUCACUCAAAAAAGUGAAUAUCAUCACCAAGUGGAAUUCUCCCCAAAACAUGGAAGAACAAUAUACUGUCAUGAAAAAGCAAGUGAUGCCACAGUCUGAAAGUGGACACAAGACCAGACAGAACUCUGACCUUUUUGUUAAGGUUCAACUUACAAGUGGAAAGCAGAAGAUACCACUGGAAACUGAUGUAGACGAGAAAAUGACAGCAUACCCCAGCCAAGAAAUACUACCAGGAAAAUGCAUGGUUAUUACAGAGUUUGAUGCUGUGCCAGGAAAGAAAGAACAGACAUUGCUUGUCUCUGAACAAGAUGAUCAUGCUCCAGAAUUGCUUCAGAUGUCUCUUUUCCCUCCCUGGACAUUUCCAGUUCAAUCAGGAGGUCCGGGGAAAAAAGAUGAAACGGACACAAACACCAAUAUAAGUCUGAAACAGAAAAACUUAGAAAUGGACAACAAUAAUACUGUGAAUCAGAAAGAAGGGGAAUUGAAAGUAGAUACAAACAGAACUUUAUAUCUGGAAGAGGACACUAUAGAAAUGCACAAGAACAGUCUUGUCAAUCUGAAGAAAAAGGAAGUAAGAAUGGACACACAAAAUACUGUAAACCUGCUUGUUCCAUCUCUAAAGGCAGAGAAAUCUCAAAUUAAGACUCAGGUAGUCACUCAGUUGGAGUACAACAAUCAAGCCAAACAUAAAAAGGAACUGGAAGCAUCAUGUGGUGCAAAACAAAACAUUCAACCACAAAAACUGUUUCAAAAAAAUGUUCUGGAUUCAUUUUAUGGCUCUAUUCUGUUUUCUCCCAAAUUUGAAGGCCAAAAAGUUAGUUUAACAACAAGAGAACUGAACAGAAAACUGAGCCCCAAAUAUUUAACUAUAAAAACCCCAAAUCACCGAAUUUCACAGAUGCUUCGUAUCAUAGGACAUGGUACUCCAAGCAAUAGAAAGAAAUUAAAAUAUGACAUUAACAAAUCAACAGACAUGGUUUCAUGGGAUAAAGAUGACUCAGGAAUAUUUCUCAGAAGUCUUACUAUUUCCAUGGUGCACCCACCUCACAUUAAAGAAACAGCAGAAUCUGAGAUAAACAUAGAAAGGAAAAAGGGAAUCAGUCUUUCUAAAUCCCAGGAGAAAUCACCAAAAAUCGGUGAAAUUGUUAAGAAGGACACCUUAACAAUUGUAAAGGAGGAACAGAAUUUUACAAACACAGUUCCACAAGACUCCCAGCUAUACAUAGUAGAUGAAGAACAAAUGUGGAAGCCUCCUAAUGUCAAAUCAGAAGCAAACUUCAGAAGUGAAACAAGUAAAGAAAAUUUUAAUUCACAGACAAAAGAAGGAGGUGCUCCGAGGCAUGAUGAGUCAAGGAGUAUUAAAAAACCAGACUUGCAUAUAACCGAGCAAGAAGAGAAGUUACCAAUACACGUCCUGACACCCACAGAGUGUCCAUCUCUGUUUGAAGAUCCAAAGCAACCCAAGCAAAGGGAUCAGAGUGAACCAGUGCGGGACAUGAGCACACAAGAGGUCCAGCAGCCAAAAGAUUUGCCAGGAACUAUGCCCAUACCACCUCAAGGUAAAAGUAGUGAAAUCAAAAUUGCUGCAGGCGAUACGUGUGUAGAAUGUUUCCUUCCUAUUUAUGAAGGAAUUAAAAAUGUAUCUGAAUCCCAGGUAAAAAAUAUGACCCAAAACAAAGUUUCUUCUGAUAAACUGGAAAAAGUACAAACCUGUAAACCUAUAAACUUGAAGUCACCACCUUUUCCAGAGGGUCCAGGUACAACGUCAGCAGCAAUGCAUCCCAAAUUGCAGCACAAACCCCUUUUAGAAGAGUUUACUCCCAAAGAAAAACAUAAGCUUACCAAUCAUUUAGAGUCAAAAGCACUUGAUAUACAACUGAAUCUAAUACCAGAGAUGGCAAAAAAAUCCUUACAAAAGUUCAACUUUUAUCCAAAAGGGACUAUUUCAGCUUUUAACAGUGCGAGGUUCUAUCCAAGACAUAAAAAAAUGAAUGCCUGGUCUCUAGAAGGGAUUGAUACUAUAGAACUUAACUUAAAACAUAAAUACCAGAAAGAUUCAUCUCCUAUCAACUGUAUGAAGACAUCAAUUAAUGUUUCAAGAAGUAGCAAGGAGACCAUAACAAAGUUUAAAAGUAUUAAUAAACUAGAAAAUGGGAUGUAUUCAGUGACUUCUGCUGCUGAGAUGCCACCGCCUCACUGUCUUCAAAACUACUCAGUAGAAGAAAAAGCCAAACUUCUCAUGCACUUUUCUGUGAAAAUAUUAGAGAUAAAAAUGAAAGCCUUUCCCAGAAUUGUAGAAGAAUCUUAUGCAAUGGUCAGUGCUCAGCAUAGAAAAGAACCUUUAUUUAACUGUAUUCAUUCUGCUACCAAAGCGCCAAAACAAAAAAAUAGAGUUAUGUUAUUUUUUGAUGAAAAAACUCUUCAUCAAAUAGAUCUUGAUUUACAAUACAAAUACCUUCGUUUUCUCCUGGGGCUUCCUGCUGAAAAUAUGCUUCCUAAGCCAAAUGGAUUUCCCAAGGAUAUGCUUAAAGUAAACACAAUUGCAACAUCUAAAAAAAUAGAUGAUGGUGGAAAAACGUGUCUUUCCAUUGACACAGAACUGUUAGAACAGCAUAUUUCUUUCAAAAAACUAAGUCCUCAUGAAAACUCACCACUCUUCAGAAAACUCAUGGAGCCAACCCACAAUGCUUCUCACAGCGCAAUACAGAAAGAUACUAAAGAUCUUUCAGAGUUAAAAUCUCCUGUGACUCCAGAAAAGGAUAGGCAAUAUCACGUAUGGUUUCAAGAAACAAAUACACAAAAAUCUUUUGAUUUAAGGACUCAGAGCCAUGCUAACAAUGUGGCUGAUUCACAUAAAACUCAAAUUUCUGAAGAUUUUACUGAUACUCAGAAAAAGAUUGAAAGUACAGCUAAUUUAGAGAAAUGUCCAGCUUUUGAAGUAAGUGAGAGUGAGGAAUGUAUGUUUUUAGAAACCAAUUCAUAUUUAAGUGAGGAAUCACAAAACAUUCUAUACAAAGGACAGAAAGGCAUUCCUUUAAAAAAUCUCGGCAAAAUGAACGAAAUCACAACUGGUUUGAAACCAUUUUAUAAUGAUGAUUCCAGUUCCCAUCAAAUCAGAGACUGUAGAAAACAUACCUUAAUGAUGGCAUCACCUUCAUAUAAAUCCUGCAGAAGAAGGAAAUGUAGAUCAUCCUCCAAAAUAAAGCAUCCUGACUGUUUGUGUCAUAGUUCAUUGAACGCUGUGUCAUUAAAUAGUGUAGAAAUUCAGCCUAAAUCAUCUACUGUAUCAUCCAGUAAAGAGAAACAUUCUCAGGCGACAAGGAACAAAACAAGUUACCCUUUAGCUCCUUUAACGGAAGCAAAUAUUAAAUUACAUCUUGCAAAAAUCCAAGGCAAGUCUCACAUGCACCCAAAAAGCAAAGAGAGGAAGAAGGCCAAAUGUGAUGUAUUUAGGAAGAACAUUCAUUGGGACCAUGAUUACAGUCAUACACACAGUGAAGAGAAAUGUGCAAGGAAGAAGAGAGUCUAUUAUCAUGAGCCAGAAAGAUCGGAUUAUUUCCACAACAGGCAUAAAUCAGCAUCCAUACCUCCUCAGGAGAAGAUCAACUUUCAUUCUGAAAAAGAACAAAACCAGCCAUUUUUUUUUGCCUGUGUGCCGGCAGAUUCACUGGACAUUAUACCCCAAACCAUUCGUUGGGUGAUUCCCCCUGACACCUUAAGGAAGAGAAACUUUCGAGUCCCCUUAGUGGCAAACAUUUCAAGUUCUUGGACUGUAUGGAGUUUGUCCAAAAAGGUGUUGGAGUCACUCUCAAAGUUCUUUCCUACAGAUCAUCACAGUUGA